AUGGCUGGUCGCCAGAACGUGUGUUGGAACCUGAUUGCCUGUGUUUCCUUGGAGGCACGCGCGCCUGUGGGGGAGGGAGGGGUGAGGGGCCUGGUGCUGGCUUGCAUGUACAGUAGAUAUCCCGACACGGUUUUGUCGCGUCGCUUGUUGUUCAGCCUGAGGGAACUUGUUGGUCGGACAGUUUACGCAACAACAACAACAACAACAACAACAACAUACAACAACAAACCGAAUACCACCCCAAAGCAUCCCAUCACCAUGUCUGAGCCCGCCACCAACGGCGCCAGCAAUGGCCGCAACCUCAACCCCUUCUCCAAGCGCUCCGACUUCUCUGCGCAGUCCAUCUUACUCUACAAAAUCACCACCUCAGCCAGCUGGCUCUUGUUCCUCGUAACAGCAUGCUACUACGUCUUCAACAAGCCGCACGAAGGCCACCAUCCGCACGGCAGAUUCUGGCAGCACAACUAUCCGACUCCAUUCGCACAGAGCAGCAUCAUCACCUCCAUCUACUGGAUCAUCCUCUUCAUCCUCCAACUCUUCUAUGCCUACGCCCUCCACACAUCCAACACCGUCUACGUCCACGCCGCCGCAAACAUUGGCUCCCACUUCAUCGCCCACAACCUCCUCCUCUUCGCCUUCGUCCACCUCUGGGUACGCUCCCACUUUUGGCUCGCCGAAUUCCUACUCCUCGUCAACUUUUGCAAUCUCUCGGCCGCCUACUUUCGUCACUCCACUAGCCCCCGCCUCAUCCACGUCGGUGCGGUUUCGGGCCCACUGGCCUGGAACUUUGUCGCAUUGUAUUGGUGUGGUGCCGUGGCUGUGCACACGAACCAUGCGGCUGCGAGGAUUGUAGCUAAUGUCUUCAUUUGGGGUUGGGCGGGCUAUGGUGUCUUCUUCUUGGCUGCGUACAAGGAUUAUACCAUGGGCUUUGCGCUUUCCGUGCUCUCGGUUUCAACUGGAGUAGGCCAAUUCCUCACGAAACCACACAUCCUCCAACUGCAAUGGAUCUUUGCCUUCUCCAUUGGCGGCCUCCUCUUCAUCCUCUCCCUCGCCGUCGGUCUGCCCGGCCUCCUAGGCCGUGAUCCCUUCCCCCGCGGUGCCAUUGUGGACGAGGACCGCGAACGCGCUCCGCUGCUUGCUGAUGAGUAA